AUGAUCUCAUUGGCUGAUAACUUGUUACCAUUCAUUCCUCGUUUCUCCGCCUUGCUUCGCAAUAAACCGUUUCCUAUGCCUUCUCCCGGGCCGUCUUUACCGUCCGGCAUACUCGUCGAUGAAGAGAUCUCGCUAGUACACGUCUCUAAGUACUUCUACCUAGCGAAGCCUAGAGAGGUACUCGCCGAUCGUUACCAAACCCUAGUCAAGGUUGUCUAG